UCUCCCUGCUCUUUCCCCAGAGCUUUGCAGCCCCAGUCCCUGACAUGGCACCCGGGAAGCCCGGGAAGAGCAUGGGGGCCUCGGAGGACCCCUCGGUUACACUUUUCCGGGAGUACCUGAGGAUCGACACUGUCUACCCCAAACCUGACUAUGAUGCAGCCGUCCGGUUUCUGGAGCGUGUUGGCACCGACCUGGGCUUGGCCUGCCAGAAAGUGGAGGUGUGCCAGAGCCAUGUGGUGCUGAUCCUUACCUGGCAGGGCACAAACCCCCGCCUGCGCUCCAUCCUCCUCAACUCCCACACCGACGUCGUGCCUGUCUUCGAGGACCACUGGACCUACCCACCCUUCGAGGCUGUUAAGGACUCGCAAGGCAACAUCUAUGCCCGGGGUGCCCAGGACAUGAAGUGUGUCUCCAUCCAGUACCUUGAGGCCAUCAGGAGGCUGAAGGCGGAGGGAAAGUGUUUUGCCCGCACCAUCCACCUCACCUUUGUGCCUGAUGAGGAGAUGGGCGGACACAAGGGCAUGGAGAUGUUCGUGCAGCGCCCCGAGUUCAGAGCGCUCAACGUGGGCUUUGCCCUGGACGAGGGCCUGGCCAGCCCAUCCGACACCUUCAGUGUCUUUUACGGCGAGAAGAGCCCGUGGUGGAUAAAGGUGAAGUGCGUGGGCAGCCCCGGGCACGGGUCCCGCUUCAUCAGCAACACGGCGGCUGAGAAGAUGCAAAAAGUCAUCAACUCCUUCCUGGCCUUCAGGGAGAGUGAGAAGCAGAGGCUCAAGUCCGACUCAAGCCUGACCCUAGGGGACGUCACCUCACUUAACCUGACCAUGCUGGAGGGGGGCGUCUCCUUCAACGUGGUGCCCUCUGAGAUGGCGGCCGGCUUCGAUGUCCGCAUCCCACCCACUAUGGACCUGAAGGCCUUUGAGGAGCAGGUGGCUGCAUGGUGCCGGGGUGCUGGGGAUGGUGUCACCUAUGAGUUUCACCAGAAAUGCAUGGACCAACACAUCACCUCCACCGAGGAGUCAGACCCGUGGUGGAAGGCCUUCAGUGGGGUCUGCAGGGACAUGAAGCUGCAGCUCAAGCUUGAGAUCUUCCCAGCUGCCACCGACAGCCGCUACAUCCGAGCGGCAGGACACCCUGCUAUCGGCUUCUCGCCCAUGAACCGCACUCCGGUGCUGCUCCACGACCACAACGAGUUCCUCAACGAGCAAGUCUUCCUGCGGGGCAUCGACAUCUACGCCCACCUCCUGCCUGCCCUGGCAUCGGUGCCCCCGCUGCCUGCCGAGGGCUGA